GACGAGGAACAGGAACUUGGCUGUCCCAGAGCACAAUCGGACUCCACCACUAUUCCCGUUGGCUUCAACAACGACAACAAUCUACCUUAUAUCUUAGAGAGAGACCUCAACCCUCGAAAUGGCUCUCAAUCUUGAAAAGCAGCUCACCUUCUACGGUGCAUACCACGACAACGCGGUCAAUGUUGCCAUUCACAUGGUCUGUGUUCCACUGAUUCUGUUCAGUGGCUUCACUCUUGGCGCCAACACCGGCACGCUUAUUCCGCUUCCCGACGCCAUAACCAUACCGAACCUUGACCUCAAUCUCGGCACCCUCGCUGCGCUAGCCUGGGGCGGCUUAUACGUACUUUUAGAGCCCGUCGCCGGUACAAUAUUAGCUUUUAUAUGUCUGGGUGCUGCCGCGUUAGGGAAGGCCGCUUUGUCCCGCGAUCCAACGUUGACCAACCAAGUCGCCAUCGCCGUACACGUCGUCUGCUGGCUGCUUCAAUUCCUGGGCCAUGGGGCUUUCGAAGGCCGAGCGCCUGCUUUAUUGGACAAUCUAGUCCAGGCCAUCUUCCUUGCGCCGCUAUUCGUGUGGCUUGAGUUCCUCUUCAAAUUCGGCUAUCGGCGGGAGCUUCAAGCCCGCGUAGAGAAGGCCGUGAAAGUGGAAAUCGCCAAAUUUAGGAGUCGGAAGGCGGCUGCUAAGGUCAAGAAUGGCAAGGCUCAAUAAUUCCUGUUCCCAAGCCAUGGCGAGGGUCUCAUUAGAACUGAAUCGACGUCGCCGAUGUUGAUGCGAUAUGGGGAAUGACUCUUGAUAUAAUCUGGGGCACCUCCUAGAACCCGGCAAAGGACGUCGUCCGGCCGUUUCUCGCAUAUCGUGGGCCAAUGUGACAGUCGCUGUCAGACACUUCGUGAAGAAACGGUUAAUAGCUAGCUUAUGGCGUCAUUGUGGUGAGGAUUUUCUGAUACCCCUGGCGCAUUACUUAAGAUGUAUAGAAA